CGCUCACGGGAGAGGAUGGCGGGGCCCGCGCCGGGCGCCAUAAUGGACGAGGACUACUUCGGGAGCGCGGCCGAGUGGGGCGACGAGGCGGACGGUGGCCAGCAGGAGGAUGAUUAUGGAGAGGGAGAAGAUGAUGCAGAGGUCCAGCAAGAAUGCCUACAUAAAUUCUCUACCCGGGAUUAUAUAAUGGAGCCCUCCAUCUUUAACACUCUGAAGAGGUAUUUUCAGGCAGGAGGGUCUCCGGAGAAUGUUAUCCAACUCUUAUCUGAGAACUACACGGCGGUGGCCCAGACCGUGAACCUGCUGGCUGAGUGGCUCAUUCAGACAGGUGUCGAACCCGUGCAGGUCCAGGAAACGGUGGAAAAUCACUUGAAGAGUCUAUUGAUCAAACAUUUUGACCCCCGCAAAGCAGAUUCCAUUUUCACUGAAGAAGGAGAGACCCCGGCUUGGCUUGAACAAAUGAUCGCACAUACCACGUGGAGAGAUCUGUUUUACAAACUGGCUGAAGCCCACCCAGACUGUUUGAUGCUGAACUUCACCGUGAAGCUUAUUUCUGAUGCCGGGUACCAAGGGGAGAUAACUAGCGUAUCCACAGCCUGCCAGCAGCUGGAGGUCUUCUCCAGAGUUCUCCGUACCUCUCUAGCGACGAUUUUGGAUGGAGGAGAGGAAAACCUUGAAAAAAAUCUCCCCGAGUUUGCCAAAAUGGUAUGCCACGGGGAGCACACGUACCUGUUUGCCCAGGCCAUGAUGUCGGUGCUGGCCCAGGAGGAGCAGGGGGGCUCCGCCGUGCGCAGGAUCGCCCAGGAGGUGCAACGCUUCGCCCAGGAGAAAGGUCAUGAUGCCAGUCAGAUCACACUAGCACUGGGCACAGCUGCCUCCUACCCCAGGGCCUGUCAGGCCCUUGGGGCUAUGUUGUCCAAAGGAGCCCUGAAUCCCGCCGACAUCACCGUCCUGUUCAAGAUGUUCACAAGCAUGGACCCGCCUCCUGUUGAACUCAUUCGGGUGCCUGCCUUCUUGGACCUGUUCAUGCAGUCGCUGUUCAAGCCCGGGGCCAGGAUCAACCAGGACCACAAGCACAAGUACAUCCAUAUCUUGGCCUAUGCGGCAAGCGUCGUUGAAACCUGGAAAAAGAACAAGCGCGUGGGCAUCAACAAGGAUGAGCUGAAGUCCACGUCCAAAGCCGUGGAGACCGUUCACAACUUGUGCUGUAACGAGAACAAAGGGGCCUCGGAACUGGUGGCAGAGCUGAGCACGCUUUACCAGUGCAUCAGGUUUCCAGUGGUAGCCAUGGGUGUGCUGAAGUGGGUGGACUGGACCGUGUCUGAGCCCAGGUACUUCCAGCUGCAGACCGACCACACCCCAGUGCACCUGGCCUUGCUGGACGAGAUCAGCACGUGCCACCAGCUCCUGCACCCGCAGGUCCUGCAGCUGCUCGUUAAGCUUUUUGAGACGGAGCACUCCCAGCUCGACGUGAUGGAGCAGCUGGAGUUGAAGAAGACCCUGUUGGACAGGAUGGUUCACCUGCUGAGUCGAGGUUAUGUACUUCCUGUUGUCAGUUACAUCCGGAAGUGCCUGGAGAAGCUGGACACUGACAUCUCGCUCAUUCGCUACUUUGUAACUGAGGUACUGGAUGUCAUCGCUCCUCCGUACACCUCUGACUUUGUGCAGCUUUUCCUCCCCAUCUUGGAAAACGACAGCAUCGCCGGGACCAUUAAAACGGAAGGUGAACAUGACCCGGUGACAGAAUUUAUAGCCCACUGCAAGUCCAACUUCAUCCUCGUGAACUAAUUCAGAGUGUCCUCCUGAGCUGACCCAGAAUGUUCCGGGAGCCCAGCGGCGGGAAAGCCCUUCCAGAAGCUCUUGCUGAAGAGGCCAGUCCACAUCGUGGGACUGGGCUGUGGAGGGAGGAGCUGGGUGACUGUACGGCGGCUAGUGCAGAUGGCUCCCCCGAGUCGGAGCUGCCCCCGCACCCCGCUGACUGCGUUCCUUGCCCCCAGCACAGGAGCUGGGUCCCUCCCGCGGUGGCAGGAAGCUCAGAACCUGAGACAUGGAGAGGAACCACAUUCCCUGGUGGCUCUUCUCACAAGAACUCAGUUAAUUCAUCUUUUAUUGUCAUUGUCUUAAUUUUCCAAGAAUAAAUUAAAAAGCCUUUCUCUGGAUUGGCAGGUGGA